GUCCGAGUUCGAGUCCGAAGCCCCCACCGAGCGAAAGGAAGGAGGCCUCGUCACGUUCCUUCCGCCCUCCCCCGCCGCCGAUAGGCCGCGCCCGCAACCCUAAUCCUGCUCCCGCUUCCCUCCGGCGAAGAGGCGGGGCGUCCGCGGGCGGGCGAGCGCGCGCCCCCUCCCUUCCCAGCUCCCUCCGCGCCGCGGGCGAGGCCGCCCACCUCGAUCCGCCCUCCCCCGAGGCGGAGGAUCUGGGAGGGGAGGGGAGGGGCGGGGAGCCUCGCGGAGGGGGCCACGGUCCGGCGGCCCCCAGCUCUCGUCCGCGCCGGAGAGCGCCAGGCGUCCCCCAGGGUUUCAAUAUUUACAAGUCUGGGAAUUGGUGCUCCAACUCAGACAAGAAAGCUACUCCCUUAACACGAUGAUGACACAGGCCUGUAAAAAGAGGAGGGCAGUUUAUAUAAGCAGUGAAUCAGGAGAUUCUGGUACAGAUUCCGAGUUUGAGGGAAGCAAGCUCUCCCAAAAAUCUGGUGUGACAUCAAUUUCUACAUGCGAGCACCAAUCAUCUUAUAAGAUCAAGGUUGAAAGUAUGAACACUAGCAAGAUAAGGCUGUGCGGGAAUAUCUUAAGGAAGCUCAUGGAUCACAAGAGUGGUUGGCUGUUCAAUAAACCGGUUGACCCAGUGCUAUUUAAGAUUCCUGAUUACUUUGAUGUUAUCCGCCAUCCGAUGGAUUUGGGUACUGUUAAGAAGAAACUCGCAAGCAAGCAGUAUGUGAGCACAGAUGAGUUUGCAGCAGAUGUGAGGCUAACAUUUUCAAAUGCCAUGAAGUAUAAUCCUCCAGGCAAUGAUGUCCAUGAAAUAGCUAAAGAAUUGAAUGGAAUGUUUGAUUCAGAAUGGGAAGCAGUGGAAAGGAAAUUUAGAGGCCGAACCCCAGUACAAGAGCAGCAGACAGUGAAGGUCAUAAAAAUUCGAACUGCCACAGAUUCAAAGUCUACGGUUGCUACAGGGCCGGUUGCGCUGUCAGCUAGAGGGCCAGUAGCUUGUUCAAAUUCACUUGCGAAGAAGACACUGACAGAUGCGAUAACUUCCAAAGUGAAAAUUAAAUUUUCCGUGCGCAGCUCUGAGCAGACCUCUUCUAAAGAUACACCUGUUCAAGCAGCUGGUAGCGAAGAGGGAUCCUUAAAUCAUCCUCUUCAAACUGGCAACAGGGAGGCAUCUUUAAAUCGCUCUCUCCCUUCCACUAAGGAGAAUGCUAAAAUAUCAAGGAUACAAGCAAACGAGCACAGCUCCGGUUUAGUUGGUAUGUGUAUUUUAGGAAAUGAAUCACGGUCUUGCAAUGAAACUUCAACAUCUCCUCUCGCUUCCUCUGGGCAAGGAGAGGGAAGUUAUUUGCAUGAUGAACCUUUGUCGCCAAGCAGAGCCCUUCGUGCUGCAAUGCUCAGGAGUCGUUUUGCUGGGACUAUUGUGAAGGCUCAACAGAAGGCACUUCUGGAUCAUGGGAAGAGUAUAGAUCCUGUGAAAUUACAAUUGGAAAAAGAGCGGCUGGAAAAAAGGCAGCAAGAAGAGAAAGCAAGGAUUGAGGCCCAGGUUAAGGCUGCGGAAGCUGCUGCACAACGGAAGCUUGAGGAAGAAAUGAGGAUCAAGAGGGAGCAGGAAAGGGAGGCAGCACGCCUGGCACUACGCAUGAUGAAGAAGACCGUCGAUAUUGACAACAGUGACUUCCUAAAGGAACUGGAGAACUUCAGCAGAACAUGGCAGUCAAAUCCCCCUGGAAAAUUGGUCGUGGAAUUUGUGGGCGGGGACUUGCCACCAGGACUAGGGAGCCCGCUGGAGAGGCUUGGCCUGUUCAUGAAGAAAGAUUUCGAGGAUGAGGUUGAACAGGAAAUGGAGGACAGCGUAUCACCCUCGAUGGAUGUUGACGUGAAGAAAGAUUCCGAGGAAGAGUCAGGACAUGGGAUGCAGGACAGCGUCUCACCCUCGACGGUCAUGGGCACAAAUGAGGAUUUCCAGGAAGAGGCGGGACAUGAGAUGGAAGACAGCUUAUCACCUCCAGCGGUUGUCGACAUGAAGAAAGAUUCGGAGGAAGAGGUUGAACACGAGAUGGUGGACAGCGUAUCGCCCUUGAUGAAUGUUGACACGGAGGAAGGAGAGAUCAGCUGCUGACGGCAGCAUCACUCUCACCCCCUCUCCUGCAUAAUUUAUUCAGGCCUUGAGGCGGACAUCCUUGCUGGGUUGUUUAGAUUAGUUGACCUCAUAAGCAGAGUGAUGAAGAAACAUUAGUUCCUCUGUGGCUGCAUCAUAGAACGAACUUCGUGGAGAUCAUGUCUCAAGCCGAACUGCGGAGUGUAGUGAUUUGAGCCUUUUGCUGCGGAUUUUAAUUCUCGCGGUCUCCUCAGUUAGGCAAGAGCAUGAUGAUUCCUCUGUAUGUUGGAUGUGUUUUAGAUAUCUAUUUAGGGGUUGAGCGAGCUCGUCGGCUGGAUAACCUGUAUAAAAAGAAAAAAGAAGAGAAAAAAGUAGAGUAGUGUAUAUUUUGUAGGAACUGAUGGUGAUGAGGAUGUUUGUUGUUGCGGCACUGUGGUGACCUGCUUGUUCUCAGAUGCGGUCAGCGCAUCUUAGGAUGUGGUGGUUUGUGGACUCUAUGUUGGUUCCAAAAGUUUCAACUUCAAUAAAAGGCAUGGUUGUGAUCUGAAAA